AUGCAGGGUGAGUGGAAUGGAUUACAAGCUUUGAUUUUGAAUGAUUGUCCAUAUGCUUACUACAUUCAUUGUUUUGCACAUCGCUUACAAUUGGCAUUAGUAGGAGCAUCAAAAGCAGUUGUCCCUCUUAAUAGAUUUUUCACUAAAUUGAUUUCGAUUAUCAAUAAUAUUCGUGCUUCAUGCAAACGUAUUGAGCAAUUAAAAAUUGCUAAAGCUUUUGACAUUGCAUAUUUUAUUGAUAUUGAAGAGCUUGAGACUGGGAAAGGACUUAAUCAGAUGGUCACUUUACAACGACCUGGAGAUACUCGUUGGGGUUCGCAUUAUGAAUCGGUUUCUAACUUGAUAAAGUUGUUUAGUCCAACAUGUGAAGUUCUAUUUAAAAUUAUAGAUGAAGGAAAUUCUUCACAAAAAGUAGAAGCAGAAUCCGCUUAUGAGGUAUUAAUUUCAUUUGAAUUUGUCUUCAUCUUGCAUUUUGUUAAUGAAACUAUGGGGAUCACGGAUAAACUUUGUCAAACUUUGCAAAACCAAUCGCAAGACAUUUUAAAUGCUACGCAUUUAGUUUCAUCCACUAAAAAACUUAUUCAACAAUUUAGAGAUGAGAAAUGGAAUGACUUACUAGCUACUGUGAUAUCAUUUUGUAAGGAACGCGAUUUAGAUGUCUCUGAUAUGAAUGCUCGUUAUGUUGCAAGAUUUGGCCAAUCUCGUCAUCAACAAGAGGACUUUAGAAAUAAGCAUUAUUAUAAAGUAGAUAUUUUUAAUGCAGGAAUAGAUUCUCAAUUACAGGAACUAAAUCAUCGGUUUAGUGAGCAUGCCAUGGAGUUACUUACGCUUAGCUCAGCUCUAGACCCUCAAGAGGCAUAUGAAUCUUUUCGAGUCAGUGAUAUUUGUUCAUUGGUAAAUAAUUUUUAUCCAAUAGACUUCACAAAUGAUGAAAAGAAUAAUUUGGAAAAGGAACUUGAUCUUUAUAAGUAUGAUGUAGUUUAG